GCCACAAUGGCUUUGACAAUCGGAGAGGGUGUGCAGCGCUUCCUGCUGGUCCUCGUGCCCAGGCUCUUGCUGGCUCUCUUUGGGCUGGUCUCACCUGGCACAAAGCAACCAAAACAUCUCCCUCCAAUCAAAAACCCACUGCUUACUCUCUCUGCAGUGCAACUGGCUGAGAAGAUACGCAGAAGAGAGGUUACUAGUGUAGAGGUUGUGCAGGCCUAUAUUGACAGGAUACAGGAGGUGAACCCACUGCUCAAUGCUUUGGUCAAAGACAGGUUCUUAUUUGCCAUUCAUGAGGCCGCUCGUGCGGAUAAACUAAUAGAGGAGGAGAAUGGAGGAGAGGAAGUUCUGAGGAGCCGAUUUCCUCUGCUGGGAGUUCCUCUGUCUGUCAAGGAGUCAUUCUCUCUUCAGGGUAUGCCCAAUUCUGGCGGGUUGAAAUCCCGCCGUAAAGUACUCGCCAGUGUGGAUGCUCCUCCUGUGGCUCUGUUGAAGAGAGCUGGGGCAAUUCCUCUGGGAGUCACCAACACCAGUGAGCUUUGCAUGUGGAUGGAGUCCAGCAACCAUCUCUAUGGGAUCACCAGUAACCCUUAUGACCUCGAGAGGAUGUGUGGAGGAAGCUCAGGUGGAGAGGGAAGCAUCAUUGGUGGUGGUGCAUCUGUGAUAGGCAUUGGUUCUGACAUUGGAGGAAGUAUCCGCAUGCCAUGUUUUUUCAAUGGGAUAUUCGGCCAUAAACCUUCAAAAGAUGUGGUGUCAAAUGACGGUCAGUUUCCUUCAUGCACGGGUCUCCAAAAUGAUUACUCAGGUUCUGGUCCAAUGUGUCGCUACGCUGAAGACCUACUCCCUCUUCUGAAGAUUAUGGCUGGACCCACUGCAGACAAGCUCUCCCUCUCAGAAGAGGUGGAUCUGAAAAAGUUACGUUUCUUCACUGUAGUAGAUGAUGGUGGAUCUCCACUGACAUCUCCAGUAGACAACCAGCUCAUUCAAGCUCAAAAAAGGGUGUCUGCACGCUUAGAGGCAGAUCUGGGAGUUACAGUUAAGGAAGUUAGUUUUCCUCAACUUAAAUACUCUUUUCAGAUCUGGGACACAUUCUUGGCUCUACCUGACAAAGAUGGCAAGCCUCCAGAGCCUUUUGUUGAGCUAAUGGCAGAUGGAGGCUCUGUGUGGCCUUUUUGGGAGCUGAUAAAGAGGAUUUUUGGAAGAUCUGAACACACUGUGGCUGCUAUUGGUUUGGCUUUGAUGGAGAGAUUUCACAGCUCUAAGCCAUCUCAGUUUAUCCUAAAACAAAAGGAAGAACUGCAGAAAGAGAUGGGGGAUCUGCUGGGGACAGAUGGAGUGCUGCUGUACCCCUCUCAUCCUCUACUUGCACCCAAACACCACCAUGCACUUUUUACUCCAUACAACUUCGCUUACACAGGGAUCCUGAACAUUUUAGGCCUGCCAGUGACCCAGUGUCCACUGGGAUUGAGUAAGGAGCGAUUGCCUUUGGGCAUUCAGGUGGUGGCUGGGAAGCUUCAAGACCAUCUGUCUUUGGCUGUGGCUCUCUACCUGGAGAAGGCUUUUGGAGGCUGGGUCGAUCCUGGAAUGGCUUUAGCACUAAAGACACUGGAGGAAAUCCUGGAACUAUUGGCAUGAAAUAACAUGUAAAUAGACAAUCUCAACCAACACUGCUUCAUCCAGUUGAUUUAAAGAGACAGGAAACCAAAAAAAAAUCAUGCACUCAUAUCGUUUCAGACCUUUAAGACUUUCUUCUAUGAAAUACCAAAAAUA